ACGCCAACAUACAUCAUCCCACAAUCCUAUCCUAUCCAAUCCUUCCCUCCUUCACUUUCUCUGAUCUUCUUUCUUUGCCUUCGCUCGCUUUUCAUUUUUUUUCUUAGGAAAAACAAAAAAGAAAUGGCUAAUAAUUUGAUGCGUGCCGUUCAAUACAGUAAAUAUGGCGGAGGAGCCGAUGAUUUGAAGCAUGUUGAAGUUCUGAUUCCCAGCCCAAAAAAGGAUGAAGUUCUGAUCAAAUUAGAGGCAGCUAGUAUUAACCCAAUCGACUGGAAAAUACAGGAAGGGGUAGCCCGCCCAUUUUUACCUCGCAAAUUCCCCCACAUUCCUGGCACCGAUGUAGCAGGAGAAAUCGUACAAGUUGGAUCAGGAGUCCAAAGUUUCAAAGUUGGGGAUAAAGUUGUUGCCGUACUUGGUAAUGGAGGUGCACUAGCUGAAUAUGCUGUGGCUAAGGAAGGUUCCACAGUUCCAAGGCCUCCAGAGGUAUCAGCCCCUGAAGCUGCAGCUUUGCCAAUUGCUGGCCUCGCAGCUCACCAGUCUCUCACCCAGCUUGCUGGGCUCAAACUCGAUGGAACCGGUCCGCAAGUAAAUGUCCUUGUUACCGCUGCUUCAGGUGGUGUAGGUCAAUAUGCGGUUCAACUCGCAAAGCUUGCAAAUGCACAUGUGACAGCCACAUGUGGGGCUCGUAAUAUGGAUUUAGUCAGGAGCUUGGGGGCUGAUGAGGUUCUUGACUACAAAACUCCUGAUGGGGUGGCUCUCAGGAGCCCUUCUGGUCGCAAAUACGAUGUAAUCAUUCAUUGCGCACACAACAUUCCUUGGUCUACCUUUGAGGCUAACUUGACUUCAAAAGGAAAGGUAGUAAAUACCACUCCUGGUAUCUGUACUGUGAUGAGUGCUGCUGCGAAAACGAUUAAAUGCUCGAAGAAGCAACUCAUACCCUUGUUUACCUCACCUAAGAAAGAGAACCUUGAUUUUCUUGUUAAUUUGGUGAAAGCAAGAAAGCUUAAGCCAAUAAUCGAUUCAAAGCAUCCUCUAAGUAAGGCUGAAGUGGCUUGGGCCAAGAGCAUUGAUGGCCAUGCCACUGGCAAGAUUCUUGUGGAGCCCUAGUUUAGUUGAUGCAUACACUAAUUUUAUAAUUUUUCAGUGAGUUCGGUUGCUUAUGAGCCAUCUGUAUAUGUUGGUAUGUGAGGAGUUUUUUUUCAACUAUGUUGUGUGUGAUGUAAUGUUAUUGAGCAUUGUGUCUUGUUAUGAAAUUUAUUUAUUGAUUUUUUGUUUUA